CUGCCCCCGGCCCGGCCCCCAACACCAUGGCCCACUAUGCGGAGAUCCGGAAUCCCUCCGCUCACCCCCUUAGGGACACAGAGGAGCCUUCCCAGGCCUGGCAGGGGUCCGACAGCGACUCUGCCGGUUGCGAUUGCGAUUGUGACUCCGACCCCGAGCCAGAGCCAGAGCCCGAGCCAGAGCCCGAGCCCGAGUCCGACGACUGCAGCAAGGCGGAGGCUGUGCGUUGCCUGACGCCCAGCGACUACGUCGGGCUGGACACGCUGCCAGAGCAGCUGGUGGACAGGCGCGUGCGGCAGGGCUUCCGCUUCAACCUGCUGUGCGUCGGGGAGACGGGCCUGGGCAAGUCCACGCUGGUGGCCACGCUCUUCAACGGCUCACCCGACAGCGCCCGCGUCUCGCACUUCUGCCCCGCCGUGGGGCUGCGCGCUGAGACGCGCGAGCUGCGCGAGAGCCACGUGUCGCUGACGCUGACCGUGGUGAGCACCGUGGGCUUCGGGGACCAGGUGGACAGGGAGGACUGCCACAGGCCCAUCGCCGCCUACAUCGACGCGCAGUUGGAGGCCUUCCUGCAGGAGGAGCUGCGCGCGCCCCGCGCGCCGCAAAGCCCCAGGGCCGACACGCGGCUGCACGCCUGCCUCUACUUCCUGGCGCCCACCGGCCACUCCCUCAAGGCUCUGGACCUGUGCACCCUGAGGAGCCUGAGCAGCAGGGUGAACGUGAUCCCGCUGGUGGCCAAGGCCGAUGCGCUGUCCAAGGACGAGCUGCAGAGCUUCAAGGCGCGCAUCAUGGACGAGCUGGCCAGCCAGGGUGUGCGCAUCUACCGCUUUCCCACGGACGACGAGGCCACGGCCAGGCUCAACGCGGCCAUGAACGAGCAGCUACCCUUCGCCGUGGUGGGCAGCACUGACGAGGUGCGCGUGGGCUGCCGGCUGGUGCGCGGGCGGCAGUACUGCUGGGGCACGGUGGAGGUGGAGAACGAGGCGCACUGCGACUUCGUGAAGCUGCGCGAGAUGCUGGUGUGCACCAACAUGGAGGAUCUGCGGGAGCAGACCCACGUGCGGCACUAUGAGCUGUACCGGCGGCGAAGGCUGCGGGAGCUGGGCUGGGCCGCAGCGGGCCCUGGCCCUGCGGGGGUGGACGUGGCCGCGGCGCGCAGGCGCGAGUUCCAGGAUGCCUGUCACAGGAAGGAGCGGGAGCUGAAGCAGGCGUUCGCCCAGCGGGUGAAGGAGAAGGAGGCUGUGCUGAAGCAGGCCAAGGGGCAGCUGCAGGCCAGGUUCGAGCACCUGGAGCGCUUGCAGCACAAGGAGACCCUGAGACUGGAGGAGAGGAGGCGAGCCUUGGAGGAGGAAAUGCUGGCGUUCUCCAGGAGGAAGGCCAUCUCAGAGCUGUCCCGAGGCCGGAUGUCGGUAUCGGGUACCAGCAAGAAAAGGGAUGAUGACAGUAAAUACUAUUUUCUGUAACCCACGAGUCUCAGAAUGCAGCUUGUCCCACCUAAAGUUACAAGUUAUAUAAAGCAUGCUUUCGUUAGCAAAAGGAUAAUGUCAUAAUUAUGCUUUGAUUUCUAUACGGGUUUUGAAUUAGGGUGUUUUCACUCGUUCUAUAUAUGGCAGAAGCCACAGUUGCUGACAU